AUGGAAUCGUCCUCCCAGCUUGUCAAAGCUUUGAGAACGAACAAUGAAACACUGCAGAAUAUUAACAGUCUAUUUGCAGAUAUGAUGAGCAGAUAUCAUAUCUACUUCUUCCAUGAGACCCUUUCAACUGAUGUUAAGGGGACUCGUGAGUUGAUAGUGGACGAAAGCUCGGCCGCGCCAUAUGCGGAAGGUGUAGAGCGCAUGGGCAUUGAAGCAGACCAUCGGCAUAUGUGUAAGUUCGAGGACGAUAACGCGCCUGGAUAUGAGGCAGUUGCCGAAGCUCUCCUACGAUACUCCCGUGAUGCUCCAGCUACUAUCUUGGACCGAUGGGCCGAGGAGGAACAGACCCGGAGAGCGGCAACACAAAACAAGCUCAAAGAUCUUCUUAGGAAUGUAGUCACAAAGCUGACCGGAACCAGAGAGGCCAGACAGUACUUCGCAAAUGGAGGGGAGCGAGCCGGAUCUCCGCAAAAUUGGUAG